UUCUCACGCUCCAUUCCUCUCUCUCUAUAUCUCUUUCUCUCUUCAUUUCUCUCUCUAACUCUGAAAAUCGUCUCUGCAACUCUUGCCCUUUGGAGUUCGUUUCAACAAUGUCGACCGAAAAGGAGAGGGAGACUCACGUUUACAUGGCCAAGCUCGCCGAACAAGCCGAGCGAUAUGACGAAAUGGUUGAGUGUAUGAAGAGUGUUGCAAAACUUGAUGUGGAGCUGACUGUAGAGGAGAGGAACCUGCUCUCUGUGGGGUACAAGAAUGUGAUAGGUGCCCGGAGAGCAUCUUGGCGAAUUAUGUCUUCAAUUGAGCAGAAAGAAGAAUCUAAGGGAAAUGAGAACAAUGUUAAGCUCAUUAAGGGUUACCGUCACAAGGUAGAGGAGGAGCUCUCAAAGAUUUGCAGUGACAUUCUGACUAUAAUCGACAAGCAUCUCAUCCCCUCUUCCAACUCGGGAGAAGCAACUGUUUUUUACUACAAGAUGAAAGGUGACUACUACCGGUAUCUUGCUGAGUUUAAGACUGACCAAGAAAGGAAAGAGGCUGCUGAACAAUCAUUGAAGGGCUAUGAGGCUGCUUCUGCCACUGCAAAUACAGAUCUCCCUUCAACACACCCAAUUCGUCUUGGCCUUGCUCUCAACUUCUCUGUCUUCUACUAUGAAAUAAUGAAUUCUCCUGAGAGAGCAUGCCAUUUGGCCAAACAAGCUUUUGAUGAAGCAAUUGCAGAGUUGGACACGUUGAGUGAGGAAUCAUACAAAGACAGCACCCUGAUUAUGCAGCUGUUGAGAGACAAUCUCACUCUCUGGACCUCUGAUUUGCCUGAAGAUGGAGGAGAUGAGAACUUCAAAGUUGAAGAACCAAAAUCAGCAGAGCCAGAGCAUUGAUGAGGUAACCAAGAGCACUGUGAAAGGCAAUCCAUGACAAUACUAUGCAAAAUUGGCUUUUGCCUCAGUUUUUCUCACAAGGGGAGGAAUUUACAUGGGACAGUGUCAACAUUUUAUGAUGGACAGUCAAUCUUUUCAGCUCAUCCCAAGCCAGAUGAUGAUGAGAAUUUUUGAUGAUCUGCCUGAUAAUUGUUCCUAUUUUAUUUUUCUAUGUUGAUCAUUUGCUUCGAAUUUUGCUGCUUCAUGUACUUCCAUAGAUACUUCUAUUUUUCAAAUAUAUAAAUAUUUAUAUUUCAGCUCUUGUUUUAAAUGACUA